UUGACUCCACCUUUUUUCCAGUUGUGCUGAAGGCUGAAGGGCUGGGCCGCUAGUGAAGAAAGAUUUAAGCGGUAAGGAAGAGGAAGCUAGAGAGAACUUCAGACACGAGUCCGCCCGGCGCCGUUAUCAGACUUCUUUCGAGGGCUUUCUCAGCCCGAGCCUGCCUGCCAGCCUGCCCGCCUGCCUGCCCUUUUAGUUCACGGAGAGGCUUUGCCAAGCUGGGAAAGAGGAAUCCACCUUGGCGUUUGAUGGUCUGAGAGGGAAAUUCGAGGCUUGACAAGAUAAUUGGUUUUUAAAAACACAAGAUCGCAAACAUGCUCCAGGUGAUUAAAGAUAUUGGCGCCCAUGCCAUGGAUAUCUAUGACUUCCUCUUGGCAGGACUUGAUCCUCGGGUGAGGGACUAUCCAAUGAUGAAUAAUCCUAUUGCCAUGACUACAACACUGCUGUGCUACCUUUUCUUACUGUAUCUUGGACCCAACAUAAUGGCCAAACGCAAGCCCUUUCAGCUAAAGGAGGCCAUGAUAGUGUACAACUUUAUGCUAGUGGCACUGUCAAUAUUCAUCGUCUAUGAAUUUUUGAUGUCUGGUUGGCUCACAACGUAUACCUGGCGAUGUGAUCCAGUUGAUACGUCCAACAGUCCUGAAGCGCUACGCAUGGUUCGAGUGGCCUGGUUGUUUUGGUUCUCCAAGAUUAUUGAGCUCAUGGACACAGUCUUCUUUGUGUUGAGGAAAAAGCCCGGCCAGAUCACGUUCCUGCACAUCUUCCACCACUCCUUCAUGCCCUGGACCUGGUGGUGGGGAAUUUGCUACGCUCCUGGUGGGAUGGGAUCUUUCCAUGCUAUGGUGAACUCUACCGUCCACAUCAUCAUGUACUUCUACUACGGCCUUGCUGCUGCUGGACCACGCUUCCACAAGUAUUUGUGGUGGAAGAAAUACAUGACAGCAAUUCAGCUGAUCCAGUUUGUGCUGGUUUCCCUCCACGCUACCCAGUACUACUUCUUGGACAGCUGCAACUACCAGUUCCCCGUCAUCGUCACCCUCAUCUGGAUAUAUGGAACCUUCUUCUUCUUCCUCUUCUCCAAUUUCUGGGUCCAGGCUUACGUAAAGGGCAAGCGGCUGCCUAAAAAUGACAUUAAACAGGUUCAGAACGGCACAGCUGCUCACACCAACGGCAAACACCACGAGAACGGCACCAGUAACGGCUCCAGCCGCCACGAGAACAGCAGCACUCACACGGGCAAGAUGAAGAAGGCCUAGGACAUCUGGAGAGAAACACCCAAAAAGUAUGACCGGGUGAAGCUGUUGAAACUACUACGCAUUCCAAAGAUGAUUUUGGCUGUGUUUCUUUUCCUGGGUUUUACUUUUGUAUGCAAAACAUGGGAAAAUGACGUGGUCAAUGAUUUCCACAGUUGGGGGGGGGGGGGGGUCACAUAUUUGGUUUGUUUGUUUUCUGUAGAUGGUUUCCCAACUUAAAGAAACAAACAAUGUAUGAAGAGAAGAUGUAUUCCCCUAAAUGUUAUCUUCACUGAUGUUGCACACAAACUCCAUUUCAGUACCAAAUAUCACACUUAUUUGAGCCCCGUGUCCCUCUGACCCCCUUGUGGACAGAUGACUGUACAGUUUCUAUCAGACUUGAAAAUACUUUUUGUAAAUAGUUUUACAGCAAACAACUAAUUGUAUUGGUAUGCUUUAGACUUUCUAAAUUCAGUUCACUUGUAUUUAAAAAAUUAAAAUGCCAAUAAAUUCAAUUUUUAAAUUAUCUUAAAA